AUGAUUCGCCUCAUCCUAAUCUUUUUCAUUCUCUUCGCGUGUGCCGACUCCUUUCCAGCACUUCAGGAUCGAUUGGUAACCUGCGGAUCACCUGACAAGGAUGACUACACUAUCAUCCAAAAUCCAUUUUUCGGAGACGUUGAUCACGGACAGCCUGGAAUCACUUUCACAACCGACUAUGAAGAAGGUAGUCUACGCUGGUUCAUGGUGUACCAAAACGCGAUCGACUUUAAACCAUACCGGGCCAUGAAGAUCCCAUCCAAUACAACUGUCUUCAUUGACUUGACAAGCUCGUGCCAAACAUUCGCCGGAAGAGUUGUCCGUGGCGCUGACAUCAAUUUCAAUGGGGAAGUUCAAAAUCUUGGCACAUGGACGGAGUUGAGUUGGGGGAAUUAUCCGCUGGCUUAUGGUGGAGUAUCUGUCAUUGAAGGAAACGAUGGCCCAGUCCUUCUCAAUUCCGAAGAUGCGAACACGCCUGUCAUAGGUUUCUCGCAAGAUAUCAUACCUAAAGCGCCUAUGAAAUGUCAAGAGACUAAGGACAGUGGAGGGAAGGCUCUAAAGCCAACUGACAAGAACGGUUAUGAUGAAGCCACGCGCAAGUUCACAAAGCGAGCGCUGCGCACUUCAAAGGUGUCAAUCGGCAAGAGCUACACAGCAACAACCAUGUCUCACAACGGAAGAUUCAUGAUCAAGUUUCUUCAUGGGAAUCAUUAG